AAAAAAAAGAAAAAAAGAAAAAAAAACAAUUAUCUCGUUGGUUUCUGAACGUUUUUCUAUUUCUCUAGCUCAGAGCCUACCUAGCCCUAUUUCUUCCACGAUGGAAAAGGCAACAAAGAGGUAUGCAGUUGUUACAGGGGCAAACAAAGGGAUUGGAUUUGCGGCCGUUAAGGAAUUGGCUUCUAGAGGUAUCAUGGUGGUUCUAACAGCUAGAGAUGAGAAGAGAGGACUACAAGCUGUUCAGAAAUUGAAGGAGUUUGGUUAUUCAGAUAAUGUGUUAUUUCAUCAGCUUGAUGUGGCUGAUCCUGCCAGUAUUGCUUCUCUUGCAGAUUUUAUCAAAACCAAAUUUGGAAAGCUUGAUAUCUUGGUGAACAAUGCAGGGGUUAGUGGGAUCAUCAUAGAUGAUAGUGCAGGGCCACUGGUUGGACCACCAAGCAGCUGGAAUAUAAUUCAAACAUAUGAUUUAGCAGAAGAAUGCUUGAAAAUAAACUAUUAUGGAGCUAAAAGAACCACUGAAGCACUUAUUCCUUUCCUUCAAUUAUCUGAAUCACCAAGAAUUGUUAAUGUCUCAUCAGGAGCUGGGAAAUUAAAGAACAUUUCUAAUGAAUGGAGUAAAGGGGUGCUAAGCGGUGUUGAAAGCCUCACCGAAGAGAAAGUGGAUGAAGUGCUGAACAAGUUUCUUAGAGAUUAUAAAAAAGAAUCACCAGAAACCAAGUAUGCUGCCUAUACAGUUUCAAAAGCAGCCAUGAAUGCUUACACGAGGAUUCUAUCCAAGAGGUAUCCGAAAUUUAAGAUCAAUUCUGUGUGCCCUGGCUAUGUCAAAACUGACAUCAACCGCCACACCGGAAACCUAACAGUCGAAGAAGGUGCCGCUAGUCUUGUUACAUUGGCGAUGCUGCCGAAUGAUGGUCCUUCUGGCCUCUUCUUUGCUCGGCAAGAAGUGUCAUGCUUUUGAAUAAAAGUAUCCUAACUAGGUAUCUGCUAUCACUAAUAUGAUUAAAAAAUAAUAAUAAUAAUAAAUGUAGCAUUUUAAUUGCA